GAGUUCGUGUGUCUGUUGUGCGUUUGUUGUGCGUGAGCGUGUGAUGGCAUGUGAGAUAUUGCCUGUGAAUGUGAGUGGUUUUUUUUUUGUGUGUGUGUUUGUAUUGUUGUUGUGCGCGCGUGUGUUCCAGUGAUGAUGCGAGGAGGAGUCCAGAUUCCCACCCCAACAGGCGCGCCCCCCUCACGAAGCAGCCGAGGAUGUUGGUUUUGGAAGAGCCGCCGGCACCAUGAAGAGACGUGCGCCGGGUGGAGGCGGGGUCUCCAAAAACUCCAACAACAACGAGCUCUUGCUCCUUCACGACGAGUCCCCAGAACCUUUGGGCAACGUCGGCGCAGGGUCGCCUCGGCUUUUCCGUAGGGAUGCCCGGCGGGACUCGGCGGCACCGGAGGCUGCCGCGCUAGGACGCGAAGCCGGCGGGAUGAUCUGCAACAAGAACGGAGACUGUCGGAGGGAGCCCACCAGCUCGGGGAGUCUCUCCUCGCUCAUAUCCCGGCAAGAGGAGCACGCCGAUGGGGGAGUAGAAGCGGCCGAGGGCGGCGGCAGGAAGGCUGCGAGCAUGGAGGCGGUGUCGGAGGGACCCGGGGCCGAGGUCAAGAGCCCCGCGGGGGCGGAGAAGAAGGACUCCCGGGUGUCUUUCUCCAACGCGCCCGGCGGGAGAGGGCUGCACACCCCGACUCAGCCGUCCAGGAAGUCGUCCACGAAGGCGGGGGCGGAGGACUGCUCCCUGAUCGUGGCCGACGACGGCGAGUCCGCCCGGGGCCAGACGUACAUGCAGCGGCAGUUCAGCUCCAUGCUGCAGCCCGGGGUCAACAAGUUCUCCCUGCGGAUGUUCGGCAGCCAGAAGGCGGUCGAGAAGGAGCAGGAGAGGGUCAAGUCGGCGGGGAACUGGAUCAUACACCCGUACAGUGACUUCAGGUUCUACUGGGAUUUCACCAUGCUCCUGUUCAUGGUGGGCAACCUCAUCAUCAUCCCCGUGGGCAUCACCUUCUUCAAGGACGAGACCACCACGCCGUGGAUCAUCUUCAACGUGGUGUCGGACACCUUCUUCCUCAUGGACCUGGUGCUCAACUUCCGCACGGGCAUCGUUUUCGAGGACAACACCGAGAUCAUCCUGGAGCCCAAGAAGAUCAAGCGGAAGUACCUCCAGAGCUGGUUCGUGGUGGACUUUGUCUCCUCCAUCCCGGUGGAUUACAUCUUCCUCAUCGUGGAGAAGGGCAUCGACUCGGAGGUGUACAAAACGGCGCGGGCGCUCCGCAUCGUGCGCUUCACCAAAAUCCUCAGUCUGCUGCGCCUGCUCCGCCUCUCCAGACUCAUCCGUUACAUCCACCAGUGGGAGGAGAUCUUCCACAUGACCUACGACCUGGCGAGCGCCGUGAUGCGAAUCUUCAACCUGAUCGGCAUGAUGCUGCUGCUGUGCCACUGGGAUGGCUGCCUGCAGUUCCUGGUUCCCAUGCUGCAGGACUUCCCCUCCGACUGCUGGGUGUCGCUCAACAAGAUGGUAAACGACACGUGGAGCGAGCUCUACUCCUUCGCUCUCUUCAAGGCCAUGAGUCACAUGCUGUGCAUCGGCUACGGACGCCAAGCCCCCGAGAGCAUGUCGGACAUCUGGCUGACCAUGCUCAGCAUGAUCGUCGGGGCCACCUGCUACGCCAUGUUCAUCGGCCACGCCACCGCACUUAUCCAGUCUCUGGACUCGUCCAGGCGCCAGUACCAGGAGAAGUACAAACAAGUGGAGCAGUACAUGUCGUUCCACAAGCUGCCGGCGGACUUCCGGCAGAAGAUCCACGACUACUACGAGCACAGGUACCAGGGCAAGAUGUUUGAUGAGGAGAGCAUCCUGGAGGAGCUUAAUGAGCCUCUCAGAGAGGAAAUCGUCAACUUCAACUGCCGCAAGCUGGUGGCGUCCAUGCCGCUGUUCGCCAACGCCGACCCCAACUUCGUGACGGCCAUGCUGACCAAGCUCCGGUUCGAGGUCUUCCAGCCGGCCGACUACGUGGUACGCGAGGGCACCGUGGGCAAGAAGAUGUACUUCAUCCAGCACGGCGUGCUCACCGUGCUCACCAAAGGCAGCGUGGGCAUGAAGCUGGUCGACGGAUCCUACUUCGGAGAGAUCUGCCUGCUGACCCGCGGCCGGCGCACGGCCAGCGUGCGGUCGGACACGUACUGCCGCCUGUACUCGCUCUCGGUGGACAACUUCAACGAGGUCCUGGAGGAGUACCCCAUGAUGAGGCGCGCCUUCGAGACGGUCGCCAUCGACAGGCUGGACAGGAUAGGCAAGAAGAACUCGAUCCUGAUGCACAAAGUUCAGCACGAUCUCAACUCGGGGGUGUUCAACAACCGCGAGAACGAGAUGAUCCAGGAGAUCGUCAAAUACGACCGCGAGAUGGUUCAACGGGUGGACGUGCCGCGGCAGCCGCAGCCCUUGUCCGCGACGCCGCCUCCGCACAGCGGGAUUUUUACCCCGCCGGGCUCCUCUCAACAGCCCCAAAGUUCCGCUGUCGCCAACUUGCAGCAGGCUGUCGCCAUGAGCCUUUGCCCGCCCGCGCAAGGGAACGCUGUGGGGCCCGGUCCGUUGCAGUCCCCCAGGAUGGUGAGGAGAUUCCAAGUGUUGCAGAAUAUAUCCAGCCCGGCCUCGCCGUUGCAGUCGCAACUCCUUGCUACUGGUGGUUUUGCGCCGGUCCUGUCCAGCCCCCCUUUCCAGAGCCCUCGUUCCUUACCAUACGGAUCGAGCGUCCUGAGUGCCCCCGCCGCGGGAUCCCAGCUGUCUUUAGUCCACCAACACACAGCAAGUCCUGCGCACCACCUCAGCACGCGUAAGAGCACCCAUUCCUUGCCAAUGGAGAGCCUCAGCCAGGACACCAGGGCGCUGUCGGCCUCACAGCCAUCGUUGCCGCAUGAAGGGAUUCACCCGGGAGCCCCCAGUCCAACCCCAUCCGCCCGUGUCUCCUCUACUUCCAUCGGACCCACCCAGACCCCUUCGGGCCAUGCGGGGGUCUGCAGCGCCAUACCGCACAGGAUUGUGCUGCCCCACCAGAUGUCAGCGGGAGCCUUCGGCACAGGUACGGCGUUCGCGUUGGGAACUCCAGUCGGGGACUUGGUCCGACCCAAGAAGGACUCCAUCUCGAGCCUUCCGGAGAAGGAGCAGAUUAAGGUCCGAUCCCGUUUAUCCUCGAACUUGUGAUUGGGACUUGAGUUUAUGAGGGGCUCGACAUGAACACGAUGGAGCUACGGUACUCCAGUCGGAAAUGAGGGUCUGGCAGAAGUAUACUCUGAUGCAGAAGUUGACUUUGGACUCUUCUCCAAUGAGUUACAAGUAAAUGCACAGAAUCGUAGCAUAGCGUAGUAGCAACCUCCCAAAUUUGCCUCAUUUGUACACCGUAGUUUACAAUAUAUGCCUACUACCUUUGUACUCACUUUGUUCGACUGAGGACUCCAAUAAGAACAAGAACCGGAACCUGCUUCUGAGCUUCUGCUUCACCACGCUAGCUUUAAUCGACACGGGAUGUAUCGGGAUGUAACUCUUUGCAUCUAUUGUACAAGUCGGUCCUCUUGGCUCUCGGUCUCUUUUUCACCACUUGAUGAUUGAUUUUUGGUAUCACAGUGGUACCUUAAUUUGGAUUCUUUCCAUGACUCGUCUUGGAAAUCAGUUUCAUCUGAUUUCUAAUUGUGAGGGAGUCGCGUGAGGCUUGGCGGCUGUUGGGAGGUUCUGGACCGCGCAACCGGAGUGCCCGGAGAAAACCCACACAGGCACGGGGGGAGGCUGAAUUUGCUUGUACCUUCAAUUUUGCACAAAAACAAACAAACAUUGACCAAAACACAGCUCCUUUAUUCCUUAGGCGAGAGGCGGGGUGCACCCAAGACGAAGGCUCGAACCAAUCACAGGAUGUAGCUCUUAAACCAUUACGCCAUUUUCUGUAGUGUUUCGCCUGUUCAGGCGAACUGGGACCUGGAACUUAUCCCAGCUGACUUAAGACAAAAAGGCGGACUACGACCAGACAGGUUCACACUCACAUUUACAACCUCAGAGUGAGAAGUCAAGCAAGUGUACCAUCGGUGACUGUGGUUGUUUUGUUUUCAAACCACGGUGGACCCUCUAACGUUGAACACCGUUGAGAUCAACAAUGCGGCUUUUACCCACAUUUUUUACCCAACCGAUUGCGACGCGCAUCAUUAAAAAUGUAAGUCCGAGUCGUCCCUGGGUUAAAAUGGCUCCACUCCAUAGAGUUAGGGUUGGGGUUAAAGAGCGCGACGUAAACGGAUCACCAGCCGAGGACUGCUCGCCCCGUGCCGUUAACGCCUCGGGAAGAGUUCGAGGGACGUCAACGAUUUUGUGUCCGAGAAACGUUUCGGUGGGCGUCUGAGCUUCUGGCUCCCUGCUCGCGGUGUGACGUCGCAUCCCGUUCGGCUCGUGUCCUAACCGCGCCGGCGCCAUUACUGGCUAACGACAGCGGAAAAUGGAACCUCUCGGGUCUCUUUGGGACUCUUAUUAUUCUCCUUCUGUUUCAUUUCAUUAUUCUGUACCAAUAACUAUUUCUUUCCCCAGCUGAUGAUGACUAAGAUGAUGAUGACACUUUCAUUUUGUUCACCUUGCGUAGCUGGAGUGUUUUCAAAGUGCAGUUGUUUUAUUUUAAGCAGCGUUUUUCAGGUCAGUUCUGUUUUUUUUUUUUUUUGUCUAUAACCAUGGGAAGCAAAUUUCUGGGCGCUUCAAAGGAUUCCCGAUUUAACCAUGUGUCCGCCGCCGUUUUGUCACAAUUCAUUAUCGUCAGUAACAUUUAAAGACGACUCUAAACUGUCCGUAGGUGUGAAUGUGCGUGCUGAUGCUUGUUUGUCGCCGCGCACCCUGCGAUGGAGUGGACGCUGACGAUUGCUCAGCAGCAGCACACCGAAUGAGGGGCGAAAAACAAACCAAAUCUGACAUCCAUCUUAUCCCGAGAAGGGUCGCAGGGGGUCAACGAGCAGGAGACGGGGUACACCCUGAACUGGUCGCCAGCCAAUCCAGGGCACAUGGAGACAAACAGCCGCACUCGCAAUCACACCUAGGGGCAAUUUAGUGAUCUGUUACCGUUCAUCGUGUCUGCUUACCUCCCGUUUCUACUUCAAAUCUAUCCAUCCAUUUUCUUUGCCGCUUAUCCUCACAAGGGUCGCAGGGAGUGCUGGAGUACACCCUGAACUGGUUGCCAGCCAAUCCCAGGGCACAUGGAGACGAACGGCCGCACUCACAAUCACACCUAGCGUCAAUUUAGUGUCCAAUUAAUGUUGUAUGUUUUUUGGGGGUGGGAGGAAACCCACGCAGGCACGGGGGAGAACAUGCAAACUCCACACAGGUGGGUCCGGGAUCGAACCCGGGUCCUCAGGACUGUGAAGGCAACGCUUUCCAGCGGAUCCACCGUGACGCCAUCCCAAAUCUGAUGAACUUGAGCCACUGAGAACUCGAGUGGGCUAACUCCAUGUGUAGUUUUUAGAUUAAUUACAGAUAUGAAUAGAGGGAAGGCAUAUUGUUCAGAUAAAUGCUGGUCUUCAGCACUUAUCCUGAUUCUUCAGAGGAAAACUGGGCCAACUCCAAUUCCCAAGAUGGCCACACCCAUGAGGCCAGGCUUCAUCCCAGGAAGUUAAGGGUUAAGUGUGAUCCCUAUAAACAUUAUAUCAGCGAGAGAGAGAGAGAGAGAGCGCGUCAUCCACACGCAAAGUUGCAGAAGUCUCAUCCGACAUUCAUGUGGUAGCCAUAUUGGCUGCAUCUUCUGUCCGUGACAUCACACCGGGACGUUUGCCAUUGAAAACGCGCUGUGCCACCUGUGCAGAGACGAACAAUGAAGAUAUUCGGGUUUCUCUGACGCCCCUUCUGACACGGAAGCUCUUUUAGAAGAAGAGAACGUUUCACAACCGAGUGAAGUGACCGGGGCAGUAUUACCCUAUUGUUUCGAGCCAUAUUUAGAUGAUAUGCGGAUCAGGGCCAAAUCGCACGCUGCCAAACCACCGCCCCGCCCAAUCCACCUCCACAGCGGCGAUGACGACGCUCCGGCCAAACCGCCUCCCCGUCCGAUCCACCUCCACGGCGGUGAUAAACAAUGCCGCUCCAAACUGGUAGAAAUCCACCAGGUUUUAUUAAAACCAUAAAACUUUAAAUAACUCCUGAAAAAUGAUAACAAUGGAGUAAGCAUAAUCGAGUUUUUAGUGGCUCAGUUGUGAUAUAAAACCAAAUCGAAAGAUCAGUUGACCCAUUUUGUUUUUUUUUUGACUACACACUGUACAAGGAGAAAUCAUUGCAUAUAUGAAAUAUUUAUUACAGCACAUUUGUCAUCCUGUGAAGGCAAAGAAAUUGAGGAACACUGAAUUGGACCCCAUGCGAUUUUUUUCCUCUCACCUGAAAGUUAUGAACAUUUUUUACAUUAAUUUUUGUAAUAUUACAUUACUCAUAAUUUUUUUUGUAAUAUUUUUACUUUGCGCUCCUAAAAUCUCAACUUUUCCCCAUAUUUUUGUGAGUGUCACCACUUUAUUGUUUUAAAAUUACAUCAUGAUAGAAAAAAAAAAAAAUCCCCUCUCCCACCCGCGCCAACCUCUUAAAAUGAUUUUGGGAAAGCCUUCUAAGUUUUAGUUUCAUAUGACCUGAUUUAAGAAAAUUGCAAAAUUUAAAAUAUAAACAGAAAAAUUUGUUUCCAUUUUUUCCCUUUUCUACAGCAGCAAUAGAACAACAACAAAAUGCAAAUGUUGGACAAACGUCAGCGAGGCAUUGCGAUGUCGCAUCUUACAUACGAGGACCUUUCUUAUUGCUGUAAUUUUUUUUCCUUGACACUUUGAUUAUUGUAUACUUUUUGCAUUUAUCUACCGUGCAGUCCCAUAAUGAAUUGUGCAUAAUACCGACAUUAUACUGUCCACAUAAUGUAUUCUUUGUGUGUUUGGCUGUAGAAUAUUAGCAGCAUUGUCCCUUAUAUUUCAUAUAUCAGUGCAAUAGAAUAAGAAUCAAAUAUAACCGAGUCCAUUAAUUGUGAUAUCCAACGCUUCCUUUUUUCCUGGAACCCGAUUACGCAUGUCGAAAAAGCACAAAAAAUGUCA